AUGGUGGAUACGAGAACUAAUGACUACUCAGAGACUAGCAACAAUGCCCGGAACCAUCCCAGAAAUCAGCAUGGGCCCGUACCCACGGGAGGCAAUAUCCCUAAUAAUCUUGGGCAUCAAAUUCUCGAAGAACUAGGACAACGAAAGAAUAAUCGGCAAAACAAGAGGACUCAACCCUUUUCAGAGUUUAGAAAACAAAGGCCUCCAAAGUUCACAGGAGUAGCAGACCUGAGAGUGGCUGAAAAUUGGCUUCAGCAAAUAGAGAAAAUGCUGGACACUAUAGGGAUAACUAAAGAUGCUGAUAGAAUAGCCUUCGCAGUAGUUGAGUUAGAUGAUGAGGCCGAUCAUUGGUGGGAACUAAUCAAGAAUACCCGUGACAUGACAAACAUGUCAUGGAACCAGUUUAAGGAUUUGUUUCUAAAUAAACAUUUUCCAAAUACAGUUUGGCAAGAGCGAGUAAGGGGAUUCCAAAACCUGGAGCUGGGGAAUAUGACCGUAACCCAACACACUGCAAAAUUUGAAAAACUAGCCCGCUACGCAACUAGGUAUGUAGUUAAUGAUGAAGAGAAAUCAAAGAUGUUUGAAUGGGGGCUAGACCUUACAAUCAGGGGGAAAGUUCUAUCGCAACGAUUUCACUCAUAUGCGAGGGUAGUGGAGACGACAUUAGAAUCUAAAAGGGAAGUAGCCAAUGUUAGGAAAUUUUGUGACAAGCGGAAAGGGGGUCAGACAUCUGUAGGACCUUAG